CCAGGAGCGCGCGGGCGAUGCGGGCGGCCAGGCCGGGGUCGGCGGGCCCCUGAUCGCCGUUCCCCAGGCCAGCCAGGAAGCCCCGCGACGGCCGCGCGCCCCCGCGGCCGGCCCGCCAUGGCCGGGGUCAGCUACGCGGCGCCCUGGUGGGUGAGCCUCCUGCACCGGCUGCCCCACUUUGACCUGCACUGGGAGGCCACCAGCAGCCAGUUCCGGCCCGAGGACACCGACUACCAGCAGGCGCUGCUGCUGCUGGGGGCCGCCGCGCUGGCCUGCCUCGCCCUGGACCUCCUCUUCCUGCUCUUCUACUCCUUCUGGCUGUGCUGCCGGCGGCGCAAGAGCGAGGAGCGCCUGGACGCGGACUGCUGCUGCACCGCCUGGUGCGUCAUCAUCGCCACGCUGGUCUGCAGCGCCGGUAUCGCCGUGGGGUUCUAUGGCAAUGGGGAGACCAGUGACGGCAUCCAUCGGGCCACCUACUCUCUCCGCCACGCCAACCGUACUGUGGCAGGGGUCCAGGACCGCGUGUGGGACACGGCAGCCGCCCUGAACCGCACGGCGGAGCCCAGCCUGCAGAGCCUGGAGCGGCAGCUGGCCGCGAGGCCGGAGCCCCUGCGGGCGGUCCAGCGGCUCCAGGGCCUGCUGCAGACACUGUUGGGCUACACGGCGGCCAUCCCUUUCUGGAGGAACCCAGCCGUGUCGCUGGAGGCGCUGGCCGAGCAGGUGGACCUCUACGACUGGUACAGGUGGCUGGGCUACCUGGGCCUGCUGCUGCUCGACGUGGCCAUCUGCCUCCUGGUGCUGGUCGGCCUCAUCCGCAGCUCCAAGGGGAUCCUGGUAGGGGUCUGCCUGCUGGGGGUGCUGGCCCUGAUCAUCAGCUGGGGCGCCCUGGGCCUGGAACUGGCCGUGUCUGUGGGCUCCAGUGACUUCUGCGUGGACCCCGACACCUACGUGACCCGGAUGGUGGAGGAGCACUCUGUGCUGAGUGGGGACAUCCUGGAGUACUACCUGGCCUGCUCACCUCACGCCGCCAACCCCUUCCAGCAGAAGCUGUCAGGCAGCCACAAGGCGCUGGUGGAGACGCAGGAUGUGGUGGCUGAGCUCCUGAAGACUGUCUCGUGGGAGUACCCUGCCACCAAGGACCCCCUGCUCCGUGUCCAGGAGGUGCUGAACGGCACGGAGGUGAACCUGCAGCACCUCACUGCCCUGGUGGACUGCCGCAGCCUGCACCUGGACUACGUGCAGGCCCUCACGGGCUUCUGCUACGACGGCGUCGAGGGCCUCAUCUACCUGGCCCUCUUCUCCUUCGUCACGGCCCUCAUGUUCAGCUCCAUCGUCUGCAGCGUCCCGCACACCUGGCAGCAAAAGAGAGGCCCCGACGAGGACGGGGAGGAGGAGGCCGCCCCGGGGCCUCGGCAGGCGCACGACAGCCUCUACCGUGUGCACAUGCCCAGUCUGUACAGCUGUGGCAGCAGCUACGGCAGCGAGGCCAGCAUUCCAGCCGCGGCCCACACCGUCAGCAACGCCCCAGUCACUGAGUACAUGAGCCAGAAUGCCAAUUUCCAGAACCCUCGCUGUGAGAACACCCCUCUCAUUGGGCGCGAGUCCCCGCCGCCUUCAUACACUUCCAGCAUGAGAGCCAAGUACCUCGCCACGAGCCAGCCUCGCCCUGAGUCCAGCAGCAGCGGGCACUAGACGCCCGGCCGCCACCCGCCCCACGUGCCAAUCGCCCCACUCCUUCCCGUGCCAGCCUCCCUGCUUGCACCCGUGGCCACCUGCCGGACCCUCCCCACGUACGCCGGGCCUGUCGUGGGUGCCUCUGCGGCCACUUGGCCCUGCCCUCCCUUCCUGCAGGGGUGCGGAGACAGACACCUGGCCUGCCUCCCGGGGCAACGCAGGGGCUCUGGGCCAACACCCUCUCCUCGGUCACAAGCCUGGACCCCUGGGGUGCUGCUCACGCUGCCCGAGCCCCCCAGCCCCCACAUGCCUCUGCCCCGCUGGGGCCAGAUGUGCUGACGCCCCCCCUCCCCACAGCUGGGCUGCGUCUGCCCCCUCUCCUUCCACAGGCUGCUGGGCACGGUGCCCCCCUCGGUGCCCCCUCGGUGCCGGGCGUCUCGAGCGAUGGCGCUUGUGCCCGCCUGCUUGUCUCCUGCGUGCAGAGACCCCCGCGGCGCCCUCGCACACCUGCAGCAUCUGUCGUCCUUUCUUCUCUCGCCCCCACCCCAGGCUCCUCCGCCUCAGUUGCCAGAAGCCUCCUGGGGGGUCCCCCCUUCUCUGCUUCUCUCCCCGCAGCAGCCCCCAUCUGUGGCAUCCGGCCGUCCAUGGUGGCAGGAGACAGGUGCCUGCCGGGCCCAGGCUGCUCAUCCAGUACUGGCCGCCCUCCUGGUGCCAACCCCCCCCCCCGCCCACCCCCGGAGACUCGGCGGCUCCACCCGGUUCGCUCUUUGCACUAACCACACCUGUCAUCUCUAGGGCGGGCGGGCUGCAGGCCGGCUGGCACCCCCUUUCCGGUUCCCUUUGCAUCCAGGACAGGCCAGCCUGGGAGCUGCACCCGAGCCGGCUGAGACGGUGCCCUUGGCCCCCGCUGACCCUCUUUGGACUAACCACUAACCUCACUCCAGCCUCCGAGAGAGAGAUCGCCCUGGGCACCCCACGGUCCACAACCGUGAGGCCACGUCCAGGCCGGAGAUGAAGUCCCAGAGAGCUGGCUGGGUUUUGGGGUGGAGAAGACAUUUCUUCUCGGGGCACUGCUGGGGGGGGGGUCAAGACCAAGAGGCAGCCCGAGGGCCUGGAGACCCCUCCCUGGGCAGGUGUUGCCCCCAGGGGACCGUGUCCUCAGGAAUGAAUGUCCCUUCGGCUGGAGAACUGAGGCCCCUGUGGCCUCCGUCUCCUACCUGUGAAGCGGGAACAAGGCUUCCCUAAGGUGCUUUUGGCUUCGUGUACAGUGUUUGCUGUGCUUUCCUGCCGCAGAGGGCGGGGCCGUCCCCAAGUCAAGGUGGGGAGAUGCCUGCCCGGCCCAGGCAGCUGGCCACCGAGAGGCCAGGUGCGGCUCUGGCCUGUGUCCCCCCAGAGGCAGCAGAGAGCCACGGGGCCGCCCCUCUGGGGGCACAGGCCAGGGCCCAUGAGGCCGGGCAGUUUACAGACGUUGUAGGGGGCUCCUCCUGGAGCAUCAGGGCAGCGCCCCUUCCCCAAGGUGGCCCACAGAGAAGCUGCCUCCGCUUCCUCCAGGAUCUCUUCAGUGUGCUGGUGUCUGGGACCAAAAGGAUGGGUGGGCCCAGAGCUAGACCACAGUGGCCUGUGGCCCCUGGCCCUCUGACCACAGGGCAGAGGCUGCCCGGGAGAGGGGGUUUGUGAGUGGGCAAACAGAGGUGCCCCAGGUGUGCCUGCGGGCCCCCAGCCGCGCAUCUGAGCCCUGGCGUAUGGCCAGACCUCACUGAGGGCCUCCCAGUGCCCUGUCCUGGGCCCCCCACAGGCCAGAGGCACAGCCCAACUGCCCGGGUUUCCUCUGGGCGCCCCUGCCCAGGCGGAGCCUCCCUGCCUCUGCCUCAGCCCGAGAGAGCGCCAGCUGUGCUGCCCCGGGCCUCGGCUCAGAAGCACAAAGGCCGCGAGGCCGCCGAAAUGUGAAUGUAGACGCUUGAGGGCCGGGGGCGGGCGUGCCUGUCCGCCAGUCCCCGCCCAGCUCCUCCCAGUCACCGAGGGUGCAGAAAGGAAGACGCGGACGUCGAAAGGGCAGCAAGACCAAGCCUCGGUCCUGAGCGGGUGGGGGCCCUCCCGCCCUUGGUUUUCCUCCUGCUCUGUUUUCAGGCCCUUCUAACCAGUCCAGGCCCAGGGCCUCCACAUCCCGCACCUGCGGUCCUCGCCCGGCCGCAGGCCCUGCAGCUUCUCGGGCGGUGGUCCCCGACCGCGUGGAUGAGAAGGCGAGGGCUCCGCGGGUAGAAGGGCUUCCAGGCCGGUCCCUCCCUGGUGGGGCUCCGCGGGCAGGCGCACGUUCCCAGUCCCGAGGUCCCCUGGCCUGAUCGGAUGUCCCCUCCACGUCCACCCCAUCUCACUAUGCAAUCCCACUCCAAGCGCCAAUCCCUCCCCGUCCCAGGACCCCUGCCCAGCGGGGUGCGGGUGCGUGGGUGGUGGUCCCAAAGACGAGCAGGGACUGGGGCCUCUUGUGCGGGAUUUUUUUUUUUUAACCAUAAUGGUUGUGUGCCACACCACGUUAUAUUUGUUACAUAUAUCUCUCCAAGUUAUUUUGUUAAAGACUCCCCCUCCAAGGUCCCCGCCCCCACCACCCAAGAUUGAUUUAGCAUCCUGAGCGGGGAUCGAGGCCUGGACCGCUUGGCAUUCUCCAAACUUACAUAGGGCCAUGGCUGUAUGUGAUGUCGCUGUGUUUCUGGGUGUGUGUGUGGGUGUUUUUUUUUUUUUUUUAGCUUUUUUUUCUUUUGUAAAACUGGGUUUGGGAUUUGAUUUUUAUUUCGCUGGGGGUUUUAUUUUUCUUGGCAAAUACUAAAACUCUCGUCAAUGUAAUUUCUGUGGUUUCUAUUCAGCUUGGGUUUCAUGUUUUAAAAUAAACAAUUUUAAAAAA